AGUGGUUGGUAGCAUUAUCAAUUAAAAUUACCAAGGAAAUUACCACUUUGGAUUAUAUCCGAUUCACGAUUCACGCAGCCAGCUAGUGGAGUUAACUUAAUAUUCUGGUCGAAGUAUUCUAUAAGUCAUAAUUCCGCGCAAUUCCCCUUUUUUUUCCAUUUCCUUGGGCUUCUCUUUCUGCCUUCUAGAUUCGAGUUUUUUUUUUUAAUUUAAUUUAAUUUUUGAAAGGUCUUUUCCUAGAUAACUGGUAUUUAGAAUCCUAAACGCAGGCCCCCUAUUGGCCCAUUCAACUUCCCAAUUCCGUCAAAGCUUGUUCACUCCCUUCAUUCUCUGUUUGUCAUCGGGAAGGGUUUUUUGUUGUUCUUCGGUUGUUGAGAUCUUCUCAGCCAUGGCGUCGCAAGAGUACAUGGACAAGAUGCAAAUCCGCCAGAACUAUCGAAAUCUCUGGCAUAGCGAUCUCAUGAGCACCAUCCAACGCGACCCUCCGUAUUGCUGCUUAGCUUUUUGGUGUGGGCCAUGUGUAUCCUACAUGCUCCGGAAACGAGCGCUUUAUAAUGACAUGUCAAGGUAUACAUGUUGUGCUGGUUAUAUGCCAUGUAGUGGUAGGUGUGGAGAAAGCAAAUGUCCUGAGUUUUGCCUUUGCACUGAGGUAGGAAGUUUGUCUAUUUGGUCUGUAUUGCUUCUUGUGUUACUUCAACUCAUGCCUUAAUUUAUAAGCUUACUG